AUGGAGUUCGUUUCGCCCGCACACACAUUCCGCCUUAGUGGGAGGGUGGUGGCCGGGGUGCGAGUGGUGGAGGUGGAGGAGGAGGAGGAGGAGGAGGAGGAGGAGGAGGAGGAGGAGGAGGAGGAGGAGGAGGAGGAGGAGGAGGAGGAGGAGGAGGAGGAGGAGGAGGAGGAGGAGGAGGAGGAGGAGGAGGAGGGGGGGGGUGGAGGAAGAAGAGGACGGGGGAAGGGGUUGGCUGGAGAAUGGGUUGGCUGGAGAAUGGGUUGGCUGGAGAAUGGGUUGGCUGGAGAAUGGGUUGGCUGGAGAAUGGGUUGGCUGGAGAAUGGGUUGGCUGGAGAAUGGGUUGGCUGGAGAAUGGGUUGGGGUGGAGAAUGGGUUGGCUGGAGAAUGGGUUGGGGUGGAGAAUGGGUUGGCUGGAGAAUGGGUUGGCUGGAGAAUGGGUUGGCUGGAGAAUGGGUUGGCUGGAGAAUGGGUUGGCUGGAGAAUGGGUUGGCUGGAGAAUGGGUUGGCUGGAGAAUGGGUUGGCUGGAGAAUGGGUUGGCUGGAGAAUGGGUUGGCUGGAGAAUGGGUUGGCUGGAGAAUGGGUUGGCUGGAGAAUGGGUUGGCUGGAGAAUGGGUUGGCUGGAGAAUGGGUUGGCUGGAGAAUGGGUUGGCUGGAGAAUGGGUUGGCUGGAGAAUGGGUUGGCUGGAGAAUGGGUUGGCUGGAGAAUGGGUUGGCUGGAGAAUGGGUUGGCUGGAGAAUGGGUUGGCUGGAGAAUGGGUUGGCUGGAGAAUGGGUUGGCUGGAGAAUGGGUUGGCUGGAGAAUGGGUUGGCUGGAGAAUGGGUUGGCUGGAGAAUGGGUUGGCUGGAGAAUGGGUUGGCUGGAGAAUGGGUUGGCUGGAGAAUGGGUUGGCUGGAGAAUGGGUUGGCUGGAGAAUGGGUUGGCUGGAGAAUGGGUUGGCUGGAGAAUGGGUUGGCUGGAGAAUGGGUUGGCUGGAGAAUGGGUUGGCUGGAGAAUGGGUUGGCUGGAGAAUGGGUUGGCUGGAGAAUGGGUUGGCUGGAGAAUGGGUUGGCUGGAGAAUGGGUUGGCUGGAGAAUGGGUUGGCUGGAGAAUGGGUUGGCUGGAGAAUGGGUUGGCUGGAGAAUGGGUUGGCUGGAGAAUGGGUUGGCUGGAGAAUGGGUUGGCUGGAGAAUGGGUUGGGGUGGAGAAUGGGUUGGCUGGAGAAUGGGUUGGGGUGGAGAAUGGGUUGGCUGGAGAAUGGGUUGGGAUGGAGAAUGGGUUGGCUGGAGAAUGGGUUGGCUGGAGAAUGGGUUGGCUGGAGAAUGGGUUGGCUGGAGAAUGGGUUGGCUGGAGAAUGGGUUGGCUGGAGAAUGGGUUGGCUGGAGAAUGGUUCGUAGGGGGCGCCUUCCGUUGCGCGCAACACAUCACGCGCUGGAAAGGGCUGAAACGGAAGGACGUCCGUCUUUGCAAGGCGCCUAUCCCUUCUGCUGACCGCGGCGCCGUCCGCGAAUUGUACGGAGGCAAACACGCCCGCAGGGAAGGGAAGAAGAAGGCGGAGGAGAUGGCGAUCGAGGCGUGUGCGGGUGGAGCGAAGAAGCAGUGCAUCGAAGACUUCUACGGGGAAGGGGCGUCGUGUGCGAAGGAAUCGGCAGACGACGCCAUCUGCCUCAUGUGGGCCGCACUUCACCUCCCGGAGCAUCUCGCCGAUCACCCUCUCUGGCGCAACGCUGUGCGCUGCAUCACGGACGCGGGCCAUGGCUACGUUCCCUUGAAGCGGCGGUAUGUUGGUGGCGCCGGCCUUGCGCGCUGCCGCGAAAAGAUCGAGAGAGGGCUCGCUCCCAUCACUGCGAGCUGGAAGCGGGAUGGCGUGACGAUAGGCUCGGACAUGAUGACGGACAAAAGUGGCCGUCCCCAAGCCAACAUCCUGCUCAUCAACGAUUCCGGUGCAGUGUUCACCGAAAGCAUCGACUGUAAGUUGGAGACGAAGACGGGAGGCUACAUUGCAUCCGUUUUGCGCCCGAUCAUUGAGAAGGUGGGGCCCGCCAACAUAGUUGCGUUAUGCAUGGAUGGGGGCAGUAAUUAUGCGGCUGCAUGUAGGGAACUCAUGCUUGAGUAUCCUCACAUUGAGCAUGUGCCGUGCGCUACUCACGUCAUGGAUCUGCUCAUGGAGGACAUUGGGAAAAUGGAUUGGGCGAAGGACAUUGUGGCUAAGGCGGGGGUGAUUAUUACCUUUGUGCGUGCCCACCAUUUCACCAAAGGUUACAUGCGAAGCCCGCAAGUGAAGGGAGGGAAGGGGAAGCAGGUGCUGAAGCCGACGGGCACCAGAUUUGGCACGCAAUUCAUCGCGGUGCAGCGGCUUUGCGAGGUGCGGAGUGCAUUGACGCAGAUGGUGCUGAGCCCGGAGUGGCAGGCUUGGGCGAAGGGGAGGAAGCCGCCGGUCGAGCCCUUCGCAACCAUGAUCAUGGAUGCCGUGUGGUGGAAAGGUGCGGAGUUCUUCGUCGCCCUCCUGAAGAUCCCCUUUGUCGUCAUGCGCAAGACCGACUCGACGGCCAAGGGCAUGAUGGGCAGGAUGUACGAUCUGAUGCUACAGCUCACAGAAGACAUCAAUGCGAAGCUGGAGGAGGAGGAGGCGGGAUUGGUGCUGUCCAGCAGUGAACGCACGGAGGUGACCAACAUCGUCCAAAAGCGCUGGGACCAUAGCAUGGCGUGUGCCAUGCACGUGGUUGGCCGGAUCCUCAACCCGGUCAACCAAGAGGAAGGCAUCUUCCGCACCGACCUGGAGUGUACUCGCGUCUUCAAAGCGUUUGUCGCUCGUCACUACGCAGGGCGGACCGUCACGCGCAAGGAUGGCGAGGAGCUGCGCGCAUCCCACGGGGCUGAGUGGGUGACGGUUCUCCCGGGGAACAUCCCUGAGGCCUCCCUGCCGGAAGGGUACAACGAGGUUCUGGAGGAGGAUGAGGAGGAGGGGGAGGAGGAUGAGCUGGAGGAUGAGUACAAGCUGGAGAAUGGGUUGGCUGGAGAAUGGGUUGGGGUGGAGAAUGGGUUGGCUGGAGAAUGGGUUGGCUGGAGAAUGGGUUGGCUGGAGAAUGGGUUGGCUGGAGAAUGGGUUGGGCUGGAGAAUGGGUUGGCUGGAGAAUGGGUUGGGGUGGAGAAUGGGUUGGCUGGAGAAUGGGUUGGGGUGGAGAAUGGGUUGGCUGGAGAAUGGGUUGGGGUGGAGAAUGGGUUGGCUGGAGAAUGGGUUGGGCUGGAGAAUGGGUUGGCUGGAGAAUGGGUUGGCUGGAGAAUGGGUUGGCUGGAGAAUGGGUUGGCUGGAGAAUGGGUUGGCUGGAGAAUGGGUUGGCUGGAGAAUGGGUUGGCUGGAGAAUGGGUUGGCUGGAGAAUGGGUUGGCUGGAGAAUGGGUUGGCUGGAGAAUGGGUUGGCUGGAGAAUGGGUUGGCUGGAGAAUGGGUUGGCUGGAGAAUGGGUUGGCUGGAGAAUGGGUUGGCUGGAGAAUGGGUUGGCUGGAGAAUGGGUUGGCUGGAGAAUGGGUUGGCUGGAGAAUGGGUUGGCUGGAGAAUGGGUUGGCUGGAGAAUGGGUUGGCUGGAGAAUGGGUUGGCUGGAGAAUGGGUUGGCUGGAGAAUGGGUUGGCUGGAGAAUGGGUUGGCUGGAGAAUGGGUUGGCUGGAGAAUGGGUUGGCUGGAGAAUGGGUUGGCUGGAGAAUGGGUUGGCUGGAGAAUGGGUUGGCUGGAGAAUGGGUUGGCUGGAGAAUGGGUUGGCUGGAGAAUGGGUUGGCUGGAGAAUGGGUUGGCUGGAGAAUGGAUGGGUUGGCUGGAGAAUGGGUUGGCUGGAGAAUGGGUUGGCUGGAGAAUGGGUUGGCUGGAGAAUGGGUUGGCUGGAGAAUGGGUUGGCUGGAGAAUGGGUUGGCUGGAGAAUGGGUUGGCUGGAGAAUGGGUUGGCUGGAGAAUGGGUUGGCUGGAGAAUGGGUUGGCUGGAGAAUGGGUUGGCUGGAGAAUGGGUUGGCUGGAGAAUGGGUUGGCUGGAGAAUGGGUUGGCUGGAGAAUGGGUUGGCUGGAGAAUGGGUUGGCUGGAGAAUGGGUUGGCUGGAGAAUGGGUUGGCUGGAGAAUGGGUUGGCUGGAGAAUGGGUUGGCUGGAGAAUGGGUUGGCUGGAGAAUGGGUUGGCUGGAGAAUGGGUUGGCUGGAGAAUGGGUUGGCUGGAGAAUGGGUUGGCUGGAGAAUGGGUUGGCUGGAGAAUGGGUUGGCUGGAGAAUGGGUUGGCUGGAGAAUGGGUUGGCUGGAGAAUGGGUUGGCUGGAGAAUGGGUUGGCUGGAGAAUGGGUUGGCUGGAGAAUGGGUUGGCUGGAGAAUGGGUUGGCUGGAGAAUGGGUUGGCUGGAGAAUGGGUUGGCUGGAGAAUGGGUUGGGGUGGAGAGGCGCGCAGCUCUCUCUCCGGGUAGCGGAGGCGAGAGCGGUUCCGAUUUCUGCCCUCUCUGAACCUCCCGUCUCCGCCGUCCAUCCCUUCUUUAAGCGAACCCCCUCCCAUCCCUUCUUUAAGCGAACCCCCUCCCAUCCCUUCUUUAAGCGAACCCCCUCCCAUCCCUUCUUUAAGCGAACCCCCUCCCAUCCCUUCUUUAAGCGAACCCCCUCCCAUCCCUUCUUUAAGCGAACCCCCUCCCAUCCCUUCUUUAAGCGAACCCCCUCCCAUCCCUUCUUUAAGCGAACCCCCUCCCAUCCCUUCUUUAAGCGAACCCCCUCCCAUCCCUUCUUUAAGCGAACCCCCUCCCAUCCCUUCUUUAAGCGAACCCCCUCCCAUCCCUUCUUUAAGCGAACCCCCUCCCAUCCCUUCUUUAAGCGAACCCCCUCCCAUCCCUUCUUUAAGCGAACCCCCUCCCAUCCCUUCUUUAAGCGAACCCCCUCCCAUCCCUUCUUUAAGCGAACCCCCUCCCAUCCCUUCUUUAAGCGAACCCCCUCCCAUCCCUUCACUAAACCCAUCCCCACCUUCCCUUCUUAG